CAACACAAAGAGGAUGGAAUUAUGGCCAACGUAUUGGUUCACUGUAGACUUUGUCGAAAGUUACGACUAAAUGCAAGAAGCAAAACCAUUCUUCCUAUUUCACUCUUCUCUAAACAAGGUAAAACUUAUGUUACACAGUCUACACUUGGUCAGUCAGUAAUAGAUGGACACUCACAGGGCCCAGGCAUCGACCACAGUGCCCAGGGACCUCUCUUGGCUUACGACCACAGGGUGCAACAAGGCAAACUUAAUGAAGACAGUUAUCAGAGGAAGAUUGUGAAGGAAUUACAGUCUUUAUAUACAAGAUUACAAGGAUAUCAACCAGUCGAACCAGGGUUUUUCAGUAAAUUAUUUGGAAAAGAACACAAAGUAGAUGCUCCAAAAGGAUUAUAUCUACAUGGAAGUGUUGGCUGUGGUAAGACGAUGCUGAUGGACCUGUUUCACGCAGAGUGUGAAUUAGAAAAGAAGAAAAGAGUACACUUUCAUUCUUUCAUGUUAGAUGUCCACAAACGUAUUCAUGCAUUUAAGUCUUCCAUGCCAAAAGAUCGCAACCACAAAGAACUCUACGACCCCAUCCUUCCAGUUGCCAAGGAAAUUUCAAGCGAAGCCUGGUUACUCUGUUUUGAUGAAUUUCAGGUCACAGACAUAGCAGAUGCCAUGAUACUUAGAAGAUUGUUUACAGUGAUGUUUGAAAGUGGAGUAGUUGUGGUAGCCACCUCAAACAGACACCCAGAUGAUUUAUACAAAAAUGGCCUUCAGAGGGGAAAUUUUGUUCCUUUUAUUGGUGAACUUAAGAAACACUGUUCUGUGCUCUGCCUGGACUCUGGCUUAGAUUACAGACAGCAAGCCAUGCCUGCAGAGGGCAAGGUAUAUUUUCUAACAUCUGACAAAGAUACAGAAGAGCAAAUUGAUAACAUCUUUCAAACUUUGAUUGGAGAGGAAGAUGAUGUUCUGCGUCCAAGGUCUCUUUUGGUGUUUGGAAGACAGUUAGUAUUACCUAGAGCUUGUGGAGCUGUUGUAGACUGUACUUUUGAAGAACUAUGUGAAAGGCCUCUUGGUGCUGUGGACUAUCUAGAGAUGAGUAAAGAAUUCGACACUGUGUUUGUUAAAAACAUCCCUAUACUAUCACUGAGUAACAAGACUGCUGCCAGAAGGUUUAUUACAAUGAUUGAUACAUUCUAUGACAAUAAGGUAAGACUAGUGUGCUCAGCUGAGGCUCCUCCUAAAGAACUGUUUGCUGCAGAGAAACUCAGCACCCAGGACAUCAUUGAACAGAACAGAGCUCUGAUGGAUGAUCUGGGCAUCAAUGCAAAUUCAGGUGAGGAGACCAAAGCCAGCAUAUUUACAGGAGAAGAAGAGUUGUUUGCGUUUGAGAGGACCAUAUCCAGGCUAACAGAGAUGCAGACAGAAGACUACUGGUUAAUAAGAGACAAGACUGUUGACGAGAGCAAAAAACGUCCAUUAUGAUAGUAAAUAGUAUAUGCAAUUUUAUCCUUAUUAAUUAUUAUUUAUAUUAUAUAAGUGACGGGUAUUGCUGUGUCGCACAUAUACAUGUGGUUUAUUCUAUGCAACAUUUUAAACUGUGAAAAUCUGGUCAGGUACAUAGAAAUACAUCUAGAGUUUUCCUGACAAUAUAUUAUAAAAAGGUUUUAGACUGCAUGUUAUGGUUGUUAUAUUUAAAUAGGGUGACCCUAAUUUUACUUCAAGUUGUUAAUUUGAUUUCGAAUUUUAGCACAAUAUUAUAGUAUCUAUCCAUCUUUACCGGGAUAUUUUCA